GAAAAAUCUUACCACAAGAUUAAACACAUUGCUCUUUAAGAGAGAGGCACACCCUGUAUACCAGUGCUAAAAGGGACGGCAACUUUAGCACACAUAUUGAGAUACUGUCUAAAUGGCAGAUAUUUCUGGUGUAUAACUGUUUGUUAACUGAAAAAUAAAUAGCAAAAAGUAAAACACAAAUAAGUUUUUUCAUAGCGUUUUAUCGCAAGAAUCCGUGUCCUUAUGUAUUGAUUAAAACAUUUGACUAAACCAUUACUUAUAGCGAAAAGUGUUGUAAAUAUAUGUAACAAUUCAUACAUAUAUUUAGUGUAGGAAUUGAUUUGUGAAUACAAUUUGUUCACCAAAUAUAAUAAAAGCCAUGAAUUCCGUACACUAUAUAUGUUUAAUAGUGUUUGCAUUGAUUCCCAUAAUAUUUAGUGAAGUAAAUGUGGAGAAAUGUAACGACAAAUGCGAACUCGAUAAGUGUCCACCACCUGAGGACUGUCUGGCUGGUGUGAUCAAGGAUCGUUGUAACUGUUGUUCAAUUUGUGGUCAAAAAGACGGCGAAAGAUGUUUUAAUGAGACGCUGAGGAAGAAGUUGUCGCGAAGUUAUGAAAUAUAUAACGAUUGCGGGGAGUGUUUGGUCUGCAAAAUGCGUACAGAUAUGGAGGCAUCGGAUCCGCCCGAAGCCGUCUGUUAUUGUCUCAAAAGUGAGCCCAUCUGUGGAUCCGAUGGCCAGACGUAUGAGAAUGAGUGCAAACUCACUGAAGAGCGGUAUAAACACCGCAAUGGUUUAGUGGCGGCCAGUCGUGGCCCCUGUACUACAGUGCCAAAGAUUGUCUCUCCGCCCGAAGACAUAGUGAACAAAACGGGCAGUUAUGUUGCGUUCGCGUGUGAGGCCAAGGGCUGGCCGGUGCCCGUCAUUGAAUGGCAAGUGCAACGAGACUCAGACAUUAAGGCACUGCCCAGCGAUGACCCGCAUAUAGCCGUACAGUCGAGGGGCGGCCCCAGUAGUUAUGAGGUGACGGGUUGGCUACAGUUGCUGGACAUCUCUACUGCAGAUCAGGGAACUUACUAUUGCGUGGCCAAGAACUCGGAGGGCGAGUCCAAACUCGGCGCCAAACUAGUGGUCAGCGAUGGUCGCCAUCGGAAGCACGGAUUUGCCGAAGAAAAUGAGAUUUAAGCCCAAAUUUUAUCGCAAUUUUUGUAUAUUUUGUUUUCUUAAACAUAAGUUUAAAUUAAUUAAUUAAUUAUCUCCUCAUAUCUAUAUACAGCAUAUAAGCCCCCGAUGUUUAUACGCCAUAUCUCUAUAUUUAACUUAUAUUGUAAUGUAAUUUAAUUUUAAACUUAAUUUACAAAAUUGGAAUAUAAUUUCCAACUUUUAGUUUAGGUAUCGAUUUUUAUAUUCAAUCACGAAAUAUAAAAAUGCAAUUCAAAUGUGCCUUAUAUUGAAUAUACUGUUAUAUGUGUUAAUUGUGUACACAUACAGUUCCCCUCCCGAGUGUUAGCAAUCAAACUAUCAUUUAACUAGUAUUCAAACUCUAAGACCCCUCCCUUCCCAAUACCCCACUCCAGAGCCGUUGUUCAAAAUGUAUUGUAUUUAAAAAGCAAUUUCACUGUAAUUAACGUCUGAAUAAACAGUUAAAACUUUUCCCAACGAAACAAAACAUUUACUUCAAAAC